CUUCCAUUAUGUUUCUGAGAUAACCUUACUUCCAACAACUCCAUCAAAUAAUACUUCCAACGAACGACCCUUUUGACCUUUGAUUAUGAUAUUUUAUUCAAACAUACAUCAACGGGAUCUGAAUAGUUUAUUCUAGUUAGGUGAAAGCCUAGUUAGGUGAGAAUCUUUCAAAAACACAGCUUCUAUAAAACGUUCCUACUACCCAACAUGUUCCAAUUCAUCACCAACAAAGAGGGAAGGUUUCAUUCUAUAGUUUUUGAGAAGCCGGAACAAUGGAUUCAGAAUCCUUAACCGUUUGUGUCACGGGGGCCUCUGGUUUCAUCGGAUCAUGGCUUGUCAUGAGACUCAUCCAGCGUGGCUAUAGGGUUCGAGCCACCGUUGUUGACCCAGUUUUAUAUGUAGAUAACAUGAAGAAGGUGAAGCCCUUGCUGGAAAUACCAGGUGCAGAGAGCAAGCUGUCACUGUGGAAGGCUAACCUAGCAGAAGAGGGAAGCUUUGAUGAAGCCAUUAAAGGCUGCAUUGGAGUUUUCCAUGUGGCCACACCCAUUGACUUUGAGUCCAAAGAUCCUGAGAAUGAAGUGAUAAAGCCUGCAAUAAGGGGAGUGAUAGAUAUCAUGAAAGCAUGCCUGAAGGCAAAAACUGUGAGAAGGCUAGUUUACACAUCCUCGGCCAUAACCACACAUAUUACUGAUCACCAAAAGCCUUUGUAUGAUGAGAGCUGUUGGACUGAUGUUGAGUUAUGCAGAAGAGUAAAGAUGCCCGGUUGGAUGUAUUUCGUUUCUAAAACUCUUGCAGAGCAAGAAGCAUGGAAAUUUGCGAAGGAGAAUGGAAUGGACUUCAUCACUAUCCUUCCGACUCUUGUUGUUGGCCCAUUUCUGCCUCCAUCGAUGCCAUCUAGCAUAAUCACAGCACUUUCCCCUAUCCUAGGAAGAGAGGAGCAUUAUGGGAUCAUAAGACAGGGUAAGCUGGUGCACAUAGAAGAUAUUUGUCUUGCUCACAUAUUUCUAUUCGAAGAGGCAAAAGCAGAAGGAAGAUACAUAUGCAAUGCACGUGACGUUACUAUUCAUGAGAUUGCAAAAUUAAUUAACAAAAAAUACCCAGAGUACAAGGUUCCCACUGAGUUUGAGAAGAUUGGAGAUGAAUUGGAGGCUGUAAAAUUAUCUUCGAAGAAACUCAAAGACUUGGGAUUUGAAUUCAAAUACAGCGUGGAAGAUAUGUAUACUGAAGCAAUUGAUGCAUGCAGAGAAAAAGGGCUUCUUCCUAAAACUGCUCAAACAUCAUGAAAUGGCACUUAAUGUUUUCAUAUUUUUCGGAUUCUUCAAAUGAUUCUUCUGUCGUGAAUUGGAAUUGACAAUUAUUAGUUGUCUUCAAA